AUGGGCACGAGGCCAGUGUCGGUCGAGUACCUGUCGUCGGGGGCAAACAGACAGACGGCCGUUGCUGACUGGAGUCGGAGUGGGAUCCUUGCGUUUGGAGCUGAUAUUAAUGUUGCUUUGUGGCAGCCUUCGCUGGAUCCUCCAAAAGGAGUCAGCACGCUCUUGAGUGGACAUAAAACCACCGUCAAGGCUGUGGCUUUCCUCCCUGAAGCAGACGAAGACGCCAACACAUACCUCAUAACAGGCUCAGACGACAAGACCUUGAUUCUAUGGAAGGCUUCUAAAACAGGAUACGACUUUAAGCCCAUCCAGACCUCUUCUGAGCAUUCGGGUGCUAUCAACUGCAUCACCGUUCUCAGAGUCCAAGGGUCUCAACGGUGGUUGAUUGCAACUGGAAGUGCAGAUGCUUCUAUCAAGAUCUGGAACUUUGAAAACGACCAGCUUGCGUUGCUUCAGACUAUCAAGACUGCUCCCAAGUACUUUCCCCUUUGUAUUUCACUCAGUCAUGCCGAUCAAGAUGGAGAUGUCCUUGUCCUAGCGUCUGCCGGCACACGAGAUAUCGUCCAGAUCCUCACCGCUGAGGCCAAAGCGGAACAAAUCAAGUUUGAAGUCCAGGCGACGUUGGCGGGUCAUGAAGGUUGGAUACGAUCUCUGAGCUUCGCCAAGGAGACAUCCGCCCCUGAGAGUGAUUUGCUCCUCGCCUCGGCCAGCCAGGACAAGUACGUCCGCAUCUGGAGGAUACACCAGGGCAAGGAACUACCCGCCCUAGCAGCCAGCGGCUCCGACCCAUCAAGCGACGCCUACCUCCCCGGAAAGUCACCCUCAAACAAGGCUCAUCGACUCAAGUCUGCCGGAAAGGACUUUUCCGUCACCUUCGAAGCUCUGCUCCUAGGACACGAAGACUGGAUCUACAGUGCCCGUUGGAGGAGACAGGAUGACGGAAAGCUGCAACUACUGUCCACGUCGGCGGAUAACUCGCUCGCCAUCUGGGAGGCAGACCCGAGCUCUGGUAUCUGGGUCAGCAUGGCGAGACUUGGUGAGAUUAGCAGAGAAAAGGGCGCGACCACAGCUACUGGAAGCACUGGUGGUUUCUGGACAGGUUUAUGGUCUCCUGAUGGCAAGUCUGUUGCCUGUCUCGGCCGCACCGGUAGCUGGAGACGCUGGGAAUAUAUCCCCUCAGAGGAUUCUUGGCGACCUUGCAUUGCUAUUACAGGACACACAAGAGCCGUCACUGGUAUUACAUGGGCCAAGAAUGGCGAGUAUCUCCUCUCGACGAGCUCAGACCAGACUACACGACUUCAUACUCGCUGGAACAGGCCAGGGCAAGAGACAUGGCACGAAAUGUCUCGACCCCAGAUCCAUGGCUAUGACCUCAACUGCAUCGAUUCUCUCGGAGCUUCUCAGUUUGUGUCAGGGGCUGACGAGAAGCUCAUGCGAGUCUUUAGCGAGCCCAAGGCUGUUGCUUCGAUGCUUAACCGACUCGCAGGCAUCGGUGGCGGUGUUGAUGUCCAGAGUAUGCCGGACGCUGCCAACAUGCCUGUGCUAGGUUUGUCCAACAAAGCUAUCGACGCUGUGGAGGAUGAUCAGGAGAUUCAGCCCAUCGACGACCGUGAUCGUGAUGCCAUGGAUCCAGCUUCAGUGGUCAAGAAGUCUUACCUCGAGAUUGAACAUCCUCCUUUUGAGGAGACACUCUCUCGACACACCCUUUGGCCAGAGACAGAGAAGCUCUACGGUCACGGCUACGAGAUCUCGUGUCUCGCUGCCAGCCAUGACGGAUCUCUCGUUGCUAGUGCAUGCAAAGCUAGCUCUACCAACCACGCCGUCAUCCGCCUUUUCGAGACGAAGCGCUGGACUGAGCUCCGGCCGCCCCUGACAGCGCACUCCCUCACGGCCACCCGCCUCCGCUUCUCUGUUGACGACCAGUUCCUCCUGAGCGUUGGCCGUGACCGCCAGUGGGCCGUCUUUGAACGCGCCCCUGAAGACGAGGCAGCAUACAAACUCCUCCAGAUCAACCCCAAGGGUCACACCCGCAUGAUCCUCGACGCCGCGUGGGCACCCGCUCUGUCCACAGCACCUGUCUUUGCCACAGCCGGUCGUGACAAGCAGGUUCGCAUCUGGGCAGCCAAACCCGACGAAGACGGCAAGCUCAAGUUCACACAAGCGGCCGCUAUCCCGUGUGCUUCACCGGUGACGUCUGUUGACUUUAUUCCCCAACUUGUCAAUGGGAGGUUUGUCCUUGCGGUUGGCACGGAGCUUGGUCGGCUCAACCUGUACUUGAUCAAGGAGGACGGGACAGAUGCUGUUGAGAAGCCUGCCUGCGAAGCGUAUGGAUCCUUUAAACUCGCUCCAGAGAGGUGA